UUUUAAUCUUACUGUAUUCAAUUUUAUUGUUCAUCCAAAUCCAAAUAGAAUCUCAGACUCAUUUGAUAUGAUGGUUUUAGACAACAUUGAUCUUACUAUGGAGGACUCUUUUUCAUCUUUAAAUCCUAAGGACUUAAACCCUAGAGGGUAUCAAUUGCAGGUGUAUGAAGUUGCAAAGAGAAGAAACAUAAUAGCAGUGUUGGAUACAGGUGGAGGGAAGACGAUGAUAGCUGUAAUGCUCAUCAGAGAUUUUGGUCAAGCAAUCAAGUCCACUGACAUUAUAAAGUCGAUUAUUUUCUUGGCCUCCGCUGUUCAUCUAGUUAAUCAGCAAUUUGAAUAUAUAAAAACUCAUGCAAAUUAAAUUUGGAAGUUGAACAGUAUUAUGGAGCUAAGGGGCUUAAUGAAUGAAACUCAGAUUGUUGGGAGAAAGAAAUAAUGGAGCAUGAUGUUCCCCAAGGGAAGGGCUUUUACCAGGGCAAUUUCCCGUCUCUAUUUGGUUAAAUUUAC